UCAAAUUGCGAUCUACGAGCGAGUACCUGCCUAGUGCUUAUUAACACUUUUUUUUAUUACAUAUUAUGACCUAUUCUUAAAGUGAAAAUCGUUUGCGGUAUUGUAGGAAAAUUCUAUUCCAACAAAAUAUUUUAUGUACACAAAGAAUCUGUCCACACCCAGUUUGACUAUGGACUCCGAAACCGCUAGGGAUUUUUGAGAUAUCGAUCGAGGCUGAACGAAACGAAAUCGAGAAAUCUAGUCAUUUUUAUUACAAUAAAAUAUACAGUAAACUAUGAUAUAGAAUUAUAUUAACAUAUAGCGUUUAAAUAAUAUUGUACUUAUAUUCGUUAGUUAGCUUUAUAAGUGUUAAAAAUGCAGAUACUUAAAGCAAGGUAUGCCAUAAGGGCGACAACCUCACACUUACAAGCAUGGAAUUCUGCGAGAAACAGGAAUGCAACUACACAAUCAAAAACCGUAGACUACAAGCCCAUCCGUAGCGUGCUGGUUGCUAAUAGAGGUGAAAUAGCCAUACGGGUGUUCAGAGCAUGCACGGAGUUGGGGAUUCGAUCAGUCGCUAUAUACAGCGAACAGGAUCGACUACAAAUGCACAGACAAAAAGCCGACGAAUCCUACCUCGUUGGCAAAGGUCUGCCCCCGGUAGAAGCAUACCUGAGCAUACCCGAAAUCAUCAGGGUGGCCAAAGAAAACGACGUAGAUGCUGUACAUCCAGGAUAUGGUCUGCUCUCAGAGAGAUCAGACUUCGCGGAGGCCGUCAUUAAGGCAGGGCUUCGUUUCAUCGGGCCCUCGCCAUUCGUUGUUCAGCAGAUGGGGGAUAAAGUUGCCGCUAGAAAGGCCGCCAUUGAAGCCAAGGUCCCAAUCGUUCCUGGUACCGACGGUCCCAUUACGACGAAGGAAGAAGCUCUCGAAUUUUGCAAACAACAUGGUCUCCCUGUUAUAUUUAAGGCGGCCUACGGUGGUGGCGGCCGUGGUAUGCGAGUGGUCCGCGAGAUGAGUGAGGUGGCGUCGUCUUUCGAGCGAGCCUCCUCUGAAGCCUUGGGGGCCUUCGGGAACGGAUCCAUGUUCAUAGAAAGAUUCAUAGAGAGACCCAGACAUAUUGAAGUGCAGCUUUUGGGCGACAAAGCCGGUAACGUAGUGCACUUGUACGAACGAGACUGCUCGGUACAACGGCGACAUCAGAAGGUUGUUGAAAUAGCGCCCGCCCCUGGACUAGACCCUGAGAUUCGUAAUCGCAUGACGGAUUGUGCCGUGCAUCUCGCACGCCACGUGGGCUACGAGAACGCUGGCACGGUGGAGUUCCUCUUAGACGAGAAAGGAAACUUCUACUUCAUAGAAGUCAACGCUAGAUUGCAAGUAGAGCACACAAUAACAGAGGAAGUUACCGGGAUAGAUCUCGUCCAAUCCCAGAUUAGAGUCGCCGAAGGUAUGACUCUACCAGAGAUGGGAUUGACCCAAGAUAACAUUAAGGCUCAAGGAUACGCCAUACAAUGCAGAGUCACUACCGAAGACCCCGCCAAUAACUUCCAGCCUAGCACUGGCAGGAUUGAAGUAUUCAGAUCUGGAGAAGGUAUGGGCAUCCGCUUAGACUCAGCGUCGACCUACGCUGGCGCCAUUAUAUCACCAUACUACGACUCGCUUCUUGUUAAGGUCAUCUCCCACGCCCAAGACCUGUCUUCAUCAGCCGCUAAGAUGAAUCGAGCGUUACGAGAGUUCCGUAUACGAGGGGUCAAGACAAACAUACCGUUCCUACUGAAUGUGCUCGAAAACCAAAAGUUCUUGAACGGUGAUUUGGACACGUACUUCAUAGACGAACACCCUCGCCUCUUCAUGUUCAAGGCGUCACAGAACAGAGCUCAGAAGAUAUUGAACUACUUGGGAUAUGUCCUCGUUAACGGCCCGGCUACACCGCUCGCAACUAAGAUACCACCAUCGGACGUCAAGCCAUACAUACCACCGGUACCGUUGGACGGCUCAGGGCGUGACCUUUCACCCGAGGCUAUUAAAAAACAAGAAUUGACCGGCGAGAACGUAGCGGUCCAGCCCCCAAAGGGCUUUAAGGCGAUCCUGAACGAAGGCGGUCCGGAAGCCUUCGCUAAAGCGGUUCGAGAGCACAAGGGUCUAUUAUUAAUGGACACCACAUACAGAGACGCUCAUCAGUCCCUCUUGGCCACCAGAGUUAGAUCCCACGAUCUUCUUACAGUGUCGCCAUAUGUGGCCCAUAACUUCAGCAAUUUAUACUCCCUUGAGAACUGGGGCGGCGCUACCUUCGAUGUGGCUUUACGAUUCCUUCAUGAAUGUCCUUGGGAACGUCUCGAAGACAUGCGUCGGUUGAUACCAAACAUCCCCUUCCAAAUGUUACUCCGCGGAGCCAACGCGGUCGGUUACACCAACUAUCCAGAUAAUGUCGUCUUCAAGUUUUGUGAAAUGGCUGUGAAAUCCGGAAUGGACAUCUUCCGUGUCUUUGACUCCUUGAACUAUCUGCCGAAUCUGAUCCUGGGCAUGGACGCGGCGGGCAAGGCCGGGGGGGUGGUGGAAGCUGCCAUAUCAUACACCGGGGACGUCUCCGAUCCGAACAAAACGAAAUAUAACCUGAAGUACUACUGCGAUCUAGCUGACGAACUCGUCAAGGCGGGGACACACGUCCUCGGCAUUAAAGAUAUGGCUGGACUUUUAAAACCGCAGGCUGCUAAACUUCUGAUAACCGCUAUCCGUGAUAAGCACCCAUCCGUGCCGAUCCACGUCCACACCCACGACACUUCCGGUGCGGGCGUCGCGGCCAUGUUGGCGUGCGCUGAGGCCGGAGCUGACGUGGUCGACUGCGCCGUAGACUCAAUGUCCGGCCUGACUAGCCAGCCCAGUAUGGGCGCGCUUGUUGCGUCCCUACAAGGAACCAAAUUGGAUACAGGUAUACCUCUGCAGACCGUAUCCGAAUAUUCAGCUUACUGGGAACAGGCUCGCACUCUGUACGGGCCGUUCGAGUGCACCGCUACCAUGAAAUCAGGGAAUGCUGAUGUUUACAUAAACGAGAUUCCCGGCGGUCAAUACACGAACCUGCAGUUCCAGGCCUUCUCGUUGGGCCUGGGAAGUCAAUUCGAGGAAGUGAAGAAGGCCUAUAGGGAAGCGAAUCUGCUCCUGGGGGACAUUAUUAAAGUGACUCCAUCAUCGAAGGUAGUGGGUGAUCUGGCUCAAUUCAUGGUUCAGAACAAACUGACCGCUGACGACAUCAGGGCGAGGGCUGAAGAAUUAUCCUUCCCCAAAUCAGUGGUCGAGUUCUUCCAAGGAGCCAUUGGCAUCCCUUACGGAGGUUUCCCAGAACCCUUAAGGUCCAAAAUCCUCAAGGACAUGCCAAGGAUAGAAGGCCGCCCGGGACAGGAACUGCCGCCGCUAGAUUUUGACAAACUAAAGGAGGAGUUAAAGGAGUCUUACCCUGAGAUCACAGACCAGGACGUGAUGUCAUCGGCGAUGUAUCCUCAAGUGGCGUCAGACUUCUUCCGUAUCCGGGAUAAGUACGGCCCAGUCAAACACCUCGACACGAAGACUUUCCUCGUUGGUCCGGCGGUCGGUGAAACCAUUGAAGUUAAAAUCGAGAGAGGCAAAACACUGGAUAUAAAAACAUUAGCAGUAUCCGAGGAAAUGACAGCGGCCGGUGAGAGGGAAGUGUUCUUUGAACUCAACGGACAGCUGAGAUCUGUGUUCAUCAGAGAUGACAACGCUAGCAAGGAAAUGAAAAUACAUCCGAAGGCUGUUAAAGGAGAUAAGAACCAAGUCGGCGCGCCCAUGCCGGGGACAGUGCUAACUCUUAAAGUUAAAGAAGGCGACCACGUGGAGAAAGGCCAACCAAUAGCCGUUCUGUCUGCCAUGAAAAUGGAGAUGAUAGUACAAGCGCCCCGCGCUGGCACUGUGGCCAAUGUGGCCAUCACUAACGGACAGAAACUGGAGGGCGAUGACCUCAUCUGCACCCUAGAGUAAUGCCAGCAUAUAAAACCAUAAAAAAUGCCUUAAUAAUACGUCAUUGUUUCUCAUGUCUAAAAUGUGUUAAAUUAUGUCUGCUUACAUAUGAAAUUAGGUAUGUAGAUAAUUUAAAAAAAAUAUUUAAAUCACAUUCAAUACUCUAAACCAUAAAUAGCGUCCAAAAAUCACAAUUUUUUUAUUUCUGUUAAUUUAUCUUUAAUUCUUUCCGGAGUGAUGAGGGUAAAUGUGCAAUUGAAAUGUAGACUGUGAUAAAAAUGUUGCAGUAAAACUUGUUAUGGCUGAAUACGGUAGGGUGUGAUAAUAAAAGCACAAAAUUUAUUUCUUAAACUUUACAAUGCUUUGUUCCUAUACAAUGGAAUGAUAGUGGAACGGUCUUAUUAUGAUGUUUUAAACAUUAUAAAAUGAUAUUAUAAAUUAUAUGAAAGCGUCAUCAGAAAACAUGUUUCCAUAUUAAUGACUGUCAACUAUUGUUAUUAGAAAAGACAUUUUUAUACACUUAUAGAAUUAAGGAUACAAUAUUCUCAAAUAUGUCGUUUAUCAUUUUGUUAUCUCUGUGUAAUAUCGGUGUGCUUCCGUUUCUUGUUUUUUUUUUUUUUUAUUUGUUAUUUUUGCUAAUUUUAUAAAACUACUAUUAAAUAAAAUUUAUGAAA